AUGUCCAGCAUUGCACGAUAUCUUCACCGAAAAAUCUCAGGAGAGGACAGGGAAAGACUCCACUGGGAUCCUCAAGGCGGACUGUACGCGGGUUACAAGCCACCUUUCGGUUGGACAACAAAGAAAAGAAAAUAUGAUGGUAUUUCACAGUUCAACUUUUACGAAGAGGAAUACCAGUCUCUUGAUAAAAUCCCUUCCUGUGUCCACCCAUUCUUCGACGAGAUUGAUGCCUUUACCAAUAACCUUACUCGAUCUGUCAACAAACAUCUCCUCACUCUUCUAUGGAAGGUCUUGGAGAUGCCAGACGAUUAUUUAUGGAAGAACGUUGAAAGUCACGGUGACAUUCAAUCAAUGAAGCUCUUUGGACGAGACAAUAUCUGGCGAUAUGUCAAGUACAGCCCAGGUGCUUUGGUUGUCAACAUUGGUGAUACGCUUGAACUCGUUUCUGGAGGUCACUUCCGAGCUACUCGUCACAGAGUGCACAACCCUCCACCAUCCCAGGAGACGUUCGAACGUCUUUCCAUUGUAUGUUUUAACGGUAGUCGAGGUGAUCUUAGAAUGCAACCGUCAUGGGAAUCUCCUUUAAUAAAACGAGAAGGAUGUUUCGAGUCUCAAGGUGCUUAUAAAGAGUUCAAAGCUUUACAAGAUAAAGGUAUUCCCAUUCCCACCAAUAAGGAAUGGCGAGAGAUAUCGAUUGUGAACACUCGUCAUCCCACAGAUGAGCCCAGCUUCAAGGAAGUGUAUGUCGAUGGAGUUAAGAUGUUUGAGACCGUAAACCAAGGUGUCAGGGUCUUACAGCCCGCUUAA